AUUUCGUGGUGCAUUGACGCAGUGAACAUAACAGAGUGGCAUGAUUUUGAUAACAAAAGCAGCAGUAUAAUGCUGGCGAAAUGGGAUACCGCUUCCCAAAGAGGACAGGAAUUUCAUAGAAUGACAGAUGCAUUAGCAACCAAUGAGUUGUCAGCCAGCGAGUCAACCAGCAUCGCCUCAGUUCGCUCAACUUCCUCCAACUCUUCGUCCGUCAACCUGACAUCUGUCAACUCCUCCUCUGUUGUUGAGUUGCACUACUUCAACACGACUUUGGUGGUCUCGUCUUCAGGCUCCAAGGCAGCACUGAGGUCGACCAUAGACAAUCUCAAGGCCACAGGUCCCUGUGUGUCUCCAUGUCUGAACGGAGGUCACUGUGUUCAUACGCAGUCAUGUGACUGCAGUUUAUACCAGGCAACAGGAACACACUGCCAAACAGUUCCCAACCUAGGUCUGGAACGAGAGAUGACGUGUCGGUCAUGGGGCCAGUAUAAUUAUGAGACGUUUGACGGGCUGUACUAUCACUUCCCUGGUAAAUGCACCUAUACUCUGCUGAGGGACUGUGAGGACAAUGCCCAGGGCAGCGUUAUCGUGCAGGUUCACAAUGACCCAGAGUGCCGCUCCUCUCCCUACUCCUGCACACGCUCAGUCAGUCUCUUCCUGCCCUGGGAGGGAGAAAUCAGGUUGCACAGGUCCAAGGUGACCUUCAAGGGACAGAGCGUUCAGCUGCCUCACCACAUCCACGACGUGGAGCUCGAGCGGAUCUCGGGCUAUGUCCUGGUGACCCAGCAGCACGGCUUCACCCUGGCCUGGGACGGACACAGUGGCUCGGUCUACGUCAAGCUCAGCCCGGAGUGGGUGGGCCGCGCAUGCGGUCUGUGUGGCAACUUCAACGCAGACUUACAGGACGACCUGAAGACCAGCUACGGUGUGGUGACGGAGGACCUGGCUGUGUUUGGGAACAGCUGGGUGGAGGAGGAGCCCCACCACUCCAGAUGUCCCAUGGUGCUCUCCAUGUACCCCUCACCCUGCUCCUCGCGAGACCCACACAUUUUACUGAAGGUGAAGGAGGUGUGUGCCAUGCUGCUGGAACAACCAUUUACAGCCUGCCAUGAGUUUGUCAGUCCUCUGAGUUACAUGGCCAGCUGCUCCAACGACCUCUGUCUGUCGGGUCCCAGCAGUGAUGAGGUAUGCCAGGUGUUGACAGAGUACGCUCGGGCCUGUGCCCACGCUGACCACCCACUAUUGGACUGGAGGACACACAUACCACAGUGUGCGUUAGUGUGUCCCGCGGAGCUGCAGUACAAGGAGUGUAUCACCUGCUGCCCUGCAACCUGUAACAUGGACCGGAUGUGUAUAGACAGCAAGCUGCAGUGUCUGGACGGUUGCUACUGCCCUGAUGAGCUGAUCUAUGAGGAGGGCAAAUGUGUGAAGGCCUCAGAAUGUCCCUGUGAAUACCAUGGCAUGAUCUACCCCUCUGGACAGAGCGUUCAGGAGGAGUGCAACAACUGCACGUGUAAGGGGGGAGUGUGGAACUGCACAGAAUACAGCUGCCCAGGAGAGUGCUCUGUGACCGGUGACAUGUACUUCCACUCGUUUGAUGGCAGGAUGUUUACCUUCCCAGCAUCCUGUCAGUAUGUCCUGGCAAAGAGUCACAACUCCGGGAAGUUCACUGUAACCAUCCAGAAUGCUCCGUGUGGACCCAAUUUAGACGGGGCUUGCAUCCAAUCAGUGAGCCUGGUCAUAGACGAGGACCCACGCACAGAGAUCACGAUGAGCCACCUAGGAGAAGUCUUCAUGGCAGGACAGUACCGCAUCUCGCUGCCCUAUUCAGACGAGGUGUUCCACAUCCAGGAGCUGUCAUCCAUGUUCCUGCAGGUACGCACCGCUCCGGGUCUCCAUCUGCAGUACAGCUGGAGGGAGUUCCGCCUUUACCUGCAGGUCGAUGAGCUUUGGAAAGGCAACACUGUGGGUCUCUGUGGAACCUUCAAUGGGAACAUCCAAGACGACUUCCUUCUCUUUGACUUCCUGUCUCCCUCCGGCAUGAUCGAGAGCACCCCCCACCUCUUUGGAAACGCCUGGAAGGUGUCAUCUGCCUGUGUUCCCAGCCACAGUGUCCCCCAAAUGGACCCGUGUGACACGCACCAGCAAGCAGCGUCCUAUGCCUCUGAGAUGUGUGACAUUCUGAACCAGGAGUUGUUCUCAUCCUGUCACGGGUACCUGAGUCCGGUGCCGUUCCACCAGCAGUGUUUGUCCGACACCUGUAAGUGUGGCCAGCCGUGCCUCUGCUCCUCCCUGGCCCACUACGCCCGGCACUGCAGGAGAUACUCCGUCAUCAUCCAGUUCCGGGCCAGCGUUCCCGACUGCGCCGUCACGUGCCCAGAGACCAUGGAAUAUGGGACGUGCGUGUCGUCAUGCCAACGUCGGUGCUCCGCCCUGUCCACACAGCAGCACUGUGGGGAGGAGUGUGAGGAGGGUUGCGUGUGUCCACCUGGAACCUUCUACAGCACCCGCACACACACCUGCGUGUCCAGGCACUCGUGUCCCUGUAGUUUCCUGGGAGCGGACUACGCUCCGGGAGAUGUGAUCAUGACGUCGUCAGGUGUACAGCUUUGCCAAGAUGGAAAGCUUGUCUCUCUAAGCUCUGCUGUCGACAAGCAGUGUCCCCUGGGCCAGACGUACGUCGACUGUGUGGAGGGCCUCAGUCCGGGAGGGGGACUGGGCUGUGAACACACCUGCGAGUCCCACCUGCUCAACCUCACCUGUUCAGCUCACGAGCCCUGCGUCCCUGGAUGUGUGUGCCCCCAUGGACUGCUGAAACAUGGCGAUGAGUGUUUUGAACCGGAUGCGUGCCCCUGCCUCUGGAAAGGAAAAGAAUACUAUCCAGGAGACAAAGUUACAUCCCCCUGUCAUCACUGUGUCUGCCAACAUGGUACAUUCCAGUGCGUGUUCCGUCCGUGUCCGUCCAUGUGUACCACCUAUGGAGAUCGCCACUACAGGACAUUCGAUGGUCUGCUUUUUGACUACGUUGGCGCGUGUAAAGUCUACUUGGUUAAGAGCAGUGGUGAUCUGAUGAUGAGCGUGAUGGCAGAGAACGUAGACUGUUACGACAGCGGUGUCAUCUGCAGGAAAUCUCUGCUCAUCAACAUCGGCAGAUCUUUCAUUGCUUUUGACGAUGACAGCGGAAAACCGAACCCAUCCAGUGUGAUGGACCGGAAGCAGGAGGUUUUCAUAUGGAGCGCCGGGUACUUCACUGUGGUCCAUGUUCCAGAGGAGGACCUGACCGUACUCUGGGACCACAAGACCACUGUCCAUAUUCAGGCUGGAGCACGCUGGCAGGGCAAGCUGAGUGGUCUCUGUGGGAACUUUGACCAGCGGACGGUCAAUGAGAUGAGGACCCCUGAGAACAUCGACUCUGCUACUCCCCAGGAGUUCGGAAACAGCUGGACAGCUGCAGAGUGUGUGAACAGCCCCGAUACCAGACACCCCUGCACCCUAAACCCCCUGAGAGAGCCGUUUGCUAAGAGGCAGUGUGGAGUCCUGCUCAGUGAGGUCUUCCAAGUCUGCCACCCGGUGGUGGACGUGACGUGGUUCUACACCAACUGCCUGGCCGAUACGUGUGGCUGUAGUCGCGGCGGAGACUGCGAGUGCUUCUGCACCAGCGUGGCGGCCUAUGCCCACCGAUGCUGCCACCAGGGGGUCGCCGUGGACUGGCGCUCCCCGUCAACCUGCCCCUACGAUUGUGAAUACUACAACAAAGUGCUGGGUAAAGGCCCCUACAGGCUGGUGACAUACCGGGAGAAAAGCGCUGUCCUAGCGGCCAACCGGUCCAGUGGAACAGUGUUCGCCAACAAAGGAGAACCGACCAAAGCCGGGAUCAUGUCCCUCUUCAUGAUGACCCCUGGACUGAGCAGAGCACGUCCACAUGACACAUCGCUGGUGUCAUUCGAGGCUUCAAAAAGACCUAACUACUUCCUGGUGGCGAAUCGCAGUGGCCAUGUUAGGCUGAGCAAGUGGGACGAGAGUGAAGCAUUCUGGGACGCGGCUACGUUCGUCCUGCACCGGGACACUUGGAUCCAGGGUUACGUCUCCCUGGAGGCUUUCACCAGGCCACGCUUCUUCCUCCACUUCACGUCAUCCUGGAUCCACCUCAUGAAGUACAAACACACCGACGGAUUCCGCAAAGCGACACUCUUCAAACUGACCGGCUCUGUGUCGGACAGCCCCACAGGUCCUCGAUGCCAGUGGAGGUAUGAGUCGUGCGUCAGUCCCUGCUUCAGAACAUGCAGUGACCCUUCAAGGACGGCAUGUGUCACCAUUCCAAAAGUGGAGGGAUGUCAGCCUCUGUGUCCAGAUCACAUGGUGUUGGAUGAGGUCACACAGAGAUGUGUCCACACGGAAGACUGCAUUAAGCCACCAGUUGCCGGGCGGCCCAUUACCACCGUCAGCAGCACCGAGUCAACAGCCGCAGCUGUCGCUACGACCGCCAGCAGCCGCCCGGCUAGCCCUGGCCUCGUCACGGCACGCUCCACUGCGUCCCCCGGCCCCCCAGGGGUCCUUGUCACCACCACCCCGACGGACGCGGGCCGUCCCACAUCGGCCACCGCCACCCCCCUUCUGACGACCUCCACCUCCCCGUCUGAAUUGGACGCCCGGACCACCAUGACCGAAGCGGCUCCACCUGUUACCUCUCCGGCCGUGCCGACCCCGGAGACUCCCUCCCACGUCCCUGCUGUAGGACCUGAUGUGGAGGUGGUUGAGGCUGUAUCGGCGGUGGAGACGUCCUCCGUCUUUCCUUCCACUACGGUAGGCCGCGUGGAGAGGACAACCGCGGUCCCAAGCCCUGUGGGCCGCAGCACAGAGAAGACCAGCCAGGUCCCCUUUCCUGUCACCACCUCCAACACCACCUGGCCCCCUUCGUCCACUACAGUGGGGCCCUGGGUGAGCUCCACUGUAGGGCCUACUCAGACCAGCACCCUGCCUACGCUAUCUGUCUUUCCCACCAAGACGACCAUCAGGGUCACCACACUUCCAACAGACACGGUGUCUCCUUUGUUCAGCAUCAGUAGUCCACAGCCUACUGCAGUCACAGAGACAUCCAGAGGCACAGCCAAGACUACAGAUAGAAUCACAACUCCCCUAACCACCCUUUCACUACACACAGAGUCAAGAACCAAGCCUGUCAUCAUUGAAACAACCCAGCGAACAACGACUGUGCCUCUCCCUCUCGGUGUCACGACUACAGUUGCUACCACAGUUUCGUCUCUGCCACCGACGACCCCGUUUCACACCUCAACUGUGACAAAACCACCAGAACCCACUUCAAAACACAUCACAGAGUCAACCUCGCCUGUCAUCCCCUUCACUACAAUCAAAACAACAGCGUCCUUACGCACAGAGACAACACACCCACUGAUUUCCAUGGUUAGCACAGAGAAGAUGGUACACACCUCUACGGAGGUCAGGACGUCCGUAACACAUGUUCCUGAGCCACCGACAACCCCUGUUGUUGACAAGUUGCCAACAUCAACAACGACAUCAACCACACCUAGGCAACUCACUUCGCAGUGGACGGGAAGACCUAAGAAAACAACAAUUUCAGUCACUAUGGCAACGUCAGCACCCUCGGCAACGGCCAGUACCUCCGAAACGACGACCGUUGCCCCACCUGUGAAGUUAACGGACACGGUAACAACGACACCUCGUCCACCAGCGACAUCUUUGGCGUCCACCGAGAAGACAUCCCGGCCUACCAGUGUCGCAACCACAGAAAGAACCAGGACUGAAGGUGUAGACUGGAGACUGACUGCAACCACUACCGCCGGUCCCUCCGCGACACAACCAAUCCCUCCUGAACCAUCCAUCACAACCACCAAACCUCCAGAGGUUCCUGUAACGACCUCCCAGACCACCUUCCCUACUUCUACCUCAGUCUCGACAACCACCAGGGUGAUGGUCCCGACCAUAUGGCCUGUUUCACCGGUGUCACUCACAGGGACUGCUACUGUACCACGACCUGCGACGUCCCAGGCUCCGACCCAAUUGAAGACCACAGAACUUUGGGGUCCGCCGCACCGUGAAUCCCCCUCCACCUCCUCGGUCUUUACGUCUAGUACAGAGAGGGUAACCACACCUGAGAUCUCUGUGAAACCUGAUGUCAGCACAAAACUGGAAGUGUCUCCCCACCAAGUAAUCUCCGCAACUCCCGUCACAGGUCUGCUUCAACCAGUUCCAACAUCUACACAGCCGGUCAUCACCAUGGGUACCUCAGAUACCAUGAUGACCACAGCCAAAACCUCCACCAUGGCCGACACUUCAGCCGUGGUGAUUUCAACUUCCAGGAGCGAAAGACCAGAGAGGCCAGUGACACCAGAACCUCUCACUACUAUGGUCUCCACAACAACUGUCCCACCUCUACCUGGUGUCGAUACCACCACCAUCAGACCUGUGACUAUACGACCUCUAACAGAGACCACCAGGACGCCUCCGGACACAGGGAGGGUGGAAGUAUCCACUGCAACUACACAACAGCCAACAUCUUCCUGGUCUGGUCCAAUAACAACCACCCCCUUCACCUCUACGACCACCCGCCCAGAGCGAGUCACCACCAGGGUGGUCUCCAGCACGACAGCACCCGCCACCACCAGGACCACCCGCCCAGAGAGAGUCACCACCAGGGUGAUCUCCAGCACGACAGCACCCGCCACCACCAGGACCACCCGGCCAAAAACCACAACCCACAGGACAACAACCGGACGGGUUCCCACGACAACGUCCAGAGCCACUGCAACUGUGAGAUCCACCGGCAUACCGCCAAGCACAGACAGGGUAACCAUAGCAAUGAGGCCGACGGUGGUCCCAACCACCAGCGUUCGAGCCACAAUGAAGCCAGUCACCACAGCCAGAACCACUGAAUAUCCAGCAGAUGUCAGCAGCACCGUCUCUACGUCCGAGACAACCACAACCGCAGCUUCCUCUGUGCCCAUCCCAAGCCUGACCGUGGUAACAUUGUCUACUGCGGUCCCCGCAGGCAAGACCACAGUGGCGGAACCAGCUAAGUCCACCACUCCAGUAGAAAGGAUAGAAACAUCCAGCACCAGAGUGACUCCCACAGCCAAGGAGCCAACCACAACUAGGACCCCUGUGCCCGGCCUGGUGACCUCUACAGAGGUCGGAGCAACUCCAGGUGUCAAGCCAAAGGUCACCACAGAGUUUACGCCAGCUGUGCCUGCAACCGCGUCAGUCCCUGCCUUGCCCACUACUGCCACCCCAGCUUCUACUGCAGUGACAGAUGGAGUGGACAGAGUGUCUCCAUAUACCACACCAGAGAGGACUCCGUCGCCAUCACCAGUGUCUCCAUAUACCACACCAGAGAAGACUCCAUCACUGUCACCAGUGUCUCCAUAUACCACACCAGAGAAGACUCCAUCACUGUCACCAGUGUCUCCAUAUACCACACCAGAGAAGACUCCAUCACUGUCACCAGUGUCUCCAUAUACCACACCAGAGAAGACUCCAUCACUGUCACCAGUGUCUCCAUAUACCACACCAGAGAAGACUCCAUCACUGUCACCAGUGUCUCCAUAUACCAAACCAGAGAAGACUCCAUCACUGUCACCAGUGUCUCCAUAUACCACACCAGAGAAGACUCCAUCACUGUCACCAGUGUCUCCAUAUACCACACCAGAGAAGACUCCAUCACUGUCACCAGUGUCUCCAUAUACCACACCAGAGAAGACUCCAUCACUGUCACCAGUGUCUCCAUAUACCACACCAGAGAAGACUCCAUCACUGUCACCAGUGUCUCCAUAUACCACACCAGAGAAGACUCUGUCGCCAUCAUCAGUGUCUCCACAUACCACACCAGAGAAGACUCCGUCGCCAUCAUCAGUGUCUCCACAUACCACACCAGAGAAGACUCCAUCGCCAUCAUCAGUGUCUCCACAUACCACACCAGAGAGUAUAGAACCCCCAGCUAAGGCUACUACCACAAUGGCCGUGUCCUCUACUAGGAUGUGUACUCCUCCUUAUUCAGAGAUGGUAGAUGAGUGUACCAAGAAUAUCUGUGUGAGUGGCCAGCUGGUUAUGUUCAACAAGUCCCAGAACUGUCCGUAUGACGCCACCCCUCCUAACUGCGGUCUGCUCGGCUUUGCCAUCCUGGUCAACGGCGACAAGUGCUGCCCACAGUGGGACUGCCCAUGUCGCUGCUCCGUGUUUCCUGACCUGAACGUGAUCACGUUCGAUGGCAACAGUGUGGCUGUCUAUAAGGCUGCCUCUUACAUCGUGAGCCAGCUCCCAAACGAGACCAUCAGUGUCGUGGUCCAGGAAUGUCCUGCUGCCUCGGACUCGCUGCUGUGGAAUUUCACCAACCUGUGCCUGGUGGCUCUUAACAUCACCCACAAGACCAACCAUGUGAUCAUCAACAGAUUGCAGAGGAGGCUGUAUGUGAACUCAAGGUACGCCAAGCCGCGGUUCAAGAAGUUCGGCUUUGAGGUCUUGGACACAGGCAACAUGUAUCUGAUCCGAACGCCGGCCGGACUGAGCCUGCAGUGGUUCCACAGCACGGGCAUGAUGGUCAUCGAGACGGAGAGCUACGACAACAAACUGCCCACCAUGGGCCUCUGUGGCCACUGCGAUGGCAACCCAGCUAACGACCUGAUGCUGUCCAACGGGACGACGAUCGGGGAAGGCGAGGACCCGGCGCUGUUCAUCGACAGCUGGCAGGUCCCGAACACCACCAGCUACGUCAGCCAGAGCCGGAGACGCGAGGUCAACUGCACCACCAGCGACUGUUCCCGGUGCCUGGACAUGCUCCAGAACACCUCCUUCAGUCCCUGCCAUGCUUUUGUGCCUGUCAGUACCUUCUGCGAGGUGUGGGUGCGUGACGCGGAGUAUGUCAACAACCCGUGUGUAGCGCUUGCAGCCUACGUCGCGUCCUGUCACAAGUUCAACGUUUGCAUCGAGUGGAGGAGCCCGGACUACUGCCCCUUUAUCUGCCCGGAGGAGCUGCGUUACCAGGCCUGCCUCCCAGGUUGUACAGCCCAGUCAUGUUCCAACCAUGACUUUGACUACAACCACGUGCAGUGUUCCGGCCUGACGGAGGGCUGUGUCUGUCCUGAGGGGACCCUGCUGCACCGACCCUAUUCCGCCCUCUGUGUCCCCCAGGAGAAGUGCGCCUGCACGGACAGUUCUGGCGUGCCCCACGCCCACGGUGAGGUGUGGAAGGCCUCAAAAGACGGCUGCUGUAUGUACCGCUGUGACAACGACAGCGUGGUGCCCGUGGAGUACAACUGUUCCGCCGUGCCGCAGCCACUCUGCCGCCGGGCGGGCGAGGUCAUCGUUGGCCUGGCGGACGACGCCUCCUGCUGCCCUCGGAGAGUCUGCGUAUGUAACCAGACCCUGUGUGACGUCUUCCCGCCGGAGUGUCAGUACGGGGAGAAACUGGUGUCGUACUUCAGAGAGGACUCUUGUUGCCCCGACUACGCCUGCGAGUGUGACCCAGAGCGCUGUGAGUUAGACAUCCCAGCUUGUAGGGACGACCAGACCUUGAUUGCUACCAGGGCUGAUGGAAGCUGUUGUCUGGCACAUAUCUGCAUGUGUGCUGCUUGUUCGGAUGUGGUUCCUGAGUGCCAGAAUGGAGAGGUGUUGACGGUGGACUUCAACAGUACAGACCGCUGUUGUCCCAUCUACCACUGUGUUUGUGAGCCAUAUCGGUGCGCUGAAAUCACCUGUCCCUUGGGAAUGUCUGCUGUAUCCAUGUCCACUCCGGAGCGCUGCUGUCCUCAAUACACAUGUGAGUGUGCAUGUGACAAAAUGUCAAGUCCAAAGUGCUCAUUGGGUGAAACCCUGCAGGAGGACAGGGCUUCCCUAGCAGACCCAGUGAACCAGUGUGGCUGUAAGAGAUUCAGUUGUGUGCGUGAGGCAGUUUGUGUGUACGGUGAGCGAGGUGUGAUGCAUCCAGGACAGACCCUGGUGGAGCAUGGUGAGGACGGUGUUUGUCUGACCACUCAGUGCACCCGGAGCCUGGACCAGACCACAGGUUUCCACCGCCUGCGAACCACCACCAGCAACUGCUCUGCCCACUGCCAGCCGAAUCAGAUAUACAUCCCUCCCAAAGACCAGACGUCGUGCUGUGGUGUCUGUAAGAACAUCUCCUGUCUCUACCAAAACAAAAAUGGCACAGCAAUCCUCUACAAGCCGGGGAAGUCGUGGGUGUCUAACUGCACAAAGUAUGAGUGUACAGAUACCCUGUCAGGACCCACCCUGGUCUCAUACUCCUUCAGCUGCCCUCCCUUCAACGAGACAGACUGUAUGAAGAUUGGAGGGACCGUUGUGAGUUACAUGGACGGAUGCUGUAAGACGUGUAAAGAAGACGGGAAGGCCUGUCAGAAGGUGACCGUGAGGAUGACAAUACGGAAGAACGACUGUCGCAGUAACAGACCGGUCAACAUAGUGUCGUGCGACGGGAAGUGUCCGUCGGCCAGUAUUUACAACUACAACAUCAACACGUACGCCAGGUUCUGUAAGUGCUGCCGCGAGAUGGGCCUGCAGAGGCGUUCGGUGCCGCUGUACUGCAACGGGAACUCCACCUGGGUCAGCUACUCCGUACAGGAGCCCACUGACUGCUCCUGCCAAUGGUCAUAGCACACACACUCACACACGCACGCACACACACUCACACACACACACACACAUCUUGCUGAAAGUCUACUACUGUAUGUGAAUGGAUGAAGGGACAGCGUGUGUAGCUGGGCGUGGUUUAGCGGCUUUGGGGGCUGCAGGUUACGGGGAUUAAAAUGUAGAAUACCGUGAUGGCCUCUAGACAUGCUGAAGUAGAAGCUGUGGACGGCCCUGCUGCAAGGCGCCGCUCCGGUAUGUUUUCCCUUUACAGUUUCUCACUCAGCCUCCCUUAUUACUGUAACUCAGACGUUCUCUGAGGGUCCGGUCAGACGUCACACGGCUCGGUGGACCCGGAGCCCCUAGGAACACCUCAGAAAGGAAAUAACACAGAGUUAAAAAAAAAAAGAAAAGAAGGAGAUAUCAGUUCAGAGUGGACUGUCUGUGUGCAUUUCACAGGCUGUUACUGUUUGUAUACCUCAGUGGUCGUGCUUUCAGAGUUGUUGCUGCAUCACCUUGUAAGUCAUCAAAAUAAUUAGAAACAUUAUUUUUUUAAUUUGCAAAUGGCACUAACAGUACAAAGCUUCAGUACCGAAUUCAACUGCAGAAUGCAUUUUUCUGAAAACACAGAACGUUCAACACUAAUAUUAUAAGCACACACAAAGUAAUCGCAGCUUCUUUAGAGUAGUAUGCCCAGCUCUUCUUCAGUAGAGUAGUAUGCCCAGCUCUUCUUCAGUAGAGUAGUAUGCCCAGCUCUUCUUCAGUAGAGUAGUAUGAGCAACUCUGUAGCCAUGUAGUGGAUUGACAUUUGUAGCCCAAUUUCUGCUAUGCAAAAAACAUAAUCACCACAAAUCAGCCUCGGAUUUUCUAACUUCACCCAAUCCAGCAGCAUUGCUGUUUUGAAUAUCUGACUGCAUUCUGCUGGUCCAUGCAUACAGAGUUCAUCAGUCAGGCUUUACUCUAAGCCAGUCCCAUUGUAUUUUUGCAUAGGUAAGAUAUGAGUCUAGUGACCAACAAACAUUGAGUUGUGCCUUGUUUGUACAUAAGUAAAUUCCCUUUCUUUUGUGCUUUUUGUUGAAAUACAUAUUUUUUACAUUUAAAAAUCACAUUUAGAUGUUCAACUUUUAGCGAUGUAACACUUCAGUAUGCUGUAUAUCAAGUGAUAUAAGAUAAGCCUAAUGUAACCAUGCUAGCGGUGUUGAUGAAUAAUUACAAAUCAAGCUGUAUGUCGAGCACUUUAUUUAUUUAUUUCUAUACAACCUAGCACAGCAUUUGUUACUUUGAUUUUGAUGAUUUUGUGAACACAAGUCAAAGCAUUUGGCUCUGAUUUUGGACCCCUAGCCAACUCCAAAGACUGUUUGGUUGUAGACAAUAAUACAACUUUCAUUCUGGGACAGUUAAAGAAUGUAAAAAAAUAAAAAAAGUUACAAGUUUAAUGAGUGGUAAGAAUGUCGUUUUGGAAAUCACUUACGUGAAAAUACAGUUUUGUUUUGACAGUAAUUUUAUCAUUUAAUUGUGUAAAAAAAAGUUUUGUCUUCACAGCUGACUAAAAUGUCAAUGGAAUGGUUGGUGUGUAAUAAUUUAAGGGCUGUGAUUGGUUUGCUUAAGUUUCAAAUGUCUUUUUUAUUUUAUUUUGCUAUUUCCGGGGAUAUCAAACAAUGGCCACAGGUUAGCGCAGAGAGACUCAACGUGUACCAUACUAAUGUACAUUCGCAUUUUCAAUAAAUAUUUC